AGGGAAGGUGAGCGACAUGCUCAAUGCUAACUAUUACAAAAUGCCAUAAUAAUUAAACAAAACGUCAUACUUCCCCUUUUGGUUCAGCUAUAAAAACUUGCAAUGUACAUCCGGUCUGCUUUUAUUUUGAAGGCGACUGUUCGACUUCCUGAGCUGCCCUUAUCCAUUAUUCACACUUGCGCCUCUCGCGCCGCUCGUUCAGGACCGACCUGCUGCUCACCGACCACGUCUACCAGCAGGAAAGAGGAAUUACUGAUUCAGCACAGUUGCACUUCGCCCGUAUUUAAUUUGAGGAUCGAACGACACACUCGACUGAAGACUAUAUUGCGUCAAUUCUUCACCAAGAUGGGCUGUAAUGGAUUCACCUGCUCGAAACACUCCCUUUGCGCACUCAACAUCCUCUACAUUAUGGUGAGCCUGUUGAUGAUUGGAAUUGCAGCGUGGGGAAAGUGGUUUGGACUGGUCUCCAGCUUCCAGGUCGUGGGCGGUGUUAUUGGUGUCGGAGUCUUCCUCUUCUUUGUGGCCAUGGCUGGACUCAUCGGGGCCAUGAAGCAUCACCAGGUCCUGCUCUUCUUUUACAUGACCAUCCUGUCUAUAGUCUUUAUUGUACAGUUUUCUGUGUCCAGUGCCUGUCUGGCUAUCACCAAAGAGCAACAGGACCACCUGCUGGAGGUGGGCUGGAACAACUCCGAGAGUACUCAGAGGGAUGUGGAGAAGAGCAUCAACUGCUGUGGCUUCAAACAUGUGGACCCCAACGGCACAUGUGCGGCUGACUGUUUCCCCAAUCACACCUGUUUGCCUUGUGCUGAUAAGAUCCAGGAACACACGGGAAAGGUUUUGCAUUUGGUAGGAGUAGUGGCACUCUCUUUCAGUUUCACCGAGAUUCUCGGAGUGUGGCUCACAUAUCGGUACAGAAACCAGAAGGACCCAAGAGCCAAUCCUGGUGCUUUCCUUUAAACUAGCACCGGUGGAUGAUAUGCUUAACACUCUACGGACUUUCUCUUGACUUUCACACAUGGGUCAAGGAUUUUGAAAGCAAGAUGUGCCAUCUUGAGAUUUCUAGCAGUUAGAUAACUGUAAACUGGGAAAUUAUUACAUUCUUAACUCGGGAUGGCUCUAUUCUUGGAGAUUCUUGGUAAUGAUGAUACGUUGCAUUGGGUAACUCGUUCAUUCACACUUCAAAAAAUACAACAAAAAAAAAAAACCUGAAAGUAUUUUAAAUGUAAUUAAAACACUUCACUCACUAUGUGCAAACUGGACAUUGCACAUUUUAACCAAACAUUUCUGCAAAUGUUAAAUGUGAAAAGUAAAUAAAAAAAAGAAGCUCACAUUUGUCAACAACACUCUAC